UCGCGUCGCGUUAUCUUACAAAAAAAGAAAACCUGCGUCGUGUGCGAUUCCGAUUCGUACAAUCGAGGGGAAUUCGAUUAGGAAACCACGAAUCUUUAUCAAAAUGUGUGGACUGUGUUUACGUAAUAGUAUUAUAUUAUUUUAACUUUUACCGCCAACGGAUCUAUGUAUUAUUUUUUUUUUUGCUGUGAGUGCGCGAAUGAAAUAAAAGGAAAAGAAAAACUGCAGCGAGCGGAGAAGAGCGUGGAAAAUACGCGGACUACCUGUUGAUUCCAAAGAUCUCUACGGAUCUAGUGUUUUUCUUUUUUGUUUUUGCCCGUUUGCCAAAGGUCGCGGGCUGUAAAACCUUUCCAUUUGCCGUGCCCGGUGCACGUGCAUUUAAAAUACAAAUAUUUUUCGAAUAUUUGCGUAAAAAAAAAAAAAAAAAACACAAAUCAUGGAAGAGUCCGCGUUCCGAAGAAGGCUACAGAUUUGUUUAAUUCUACAAAUUGUGAUCCCUACUCUCUGCUUUAACCUGGAACAGCGAUUGCCCAUAGUGAAAUAUGGGCAUCCGAAGUCUAAUUUUGGCUACUCGGUGGCCACCCACACAAUUGGCGAGGUCAAUGGGCCCAACAAAACAAAUUGUGUUCUUGUGGGAGCCCCACUGGAUCAAAAUCGACAGCCAAACACCUCACACUCUGGCGCCCUCUGGCGGUGUCCCAUGACACAAAGCUUCAGUGACUGCGAACAAGUGAUCACCGAUGGCAGGCGAUCGAACGGAACGUAUGAGAUUCAAUUAAAUAAGACUUUCGAUAGCGAAAUCCUCUCACCACCCGGUAAUGAUGAGAUCAAGGAGGACCAAUGGAUGGGCGUUACGGUGCGAUCUAGUCCCCUGCAAGCCAACGGAUCCGGAGGAAAGGUGGUCGUAUGCGCCCAUCGCUAUAUGUACAUCGUUCGGGAGAAUCGCUAUGGCCAGGGUCUCUGCUAUCUACUGACAAACGAUCUGCAGUUCGAAGAGGUGCACGAACCCUGCAAGGGACGACCUGUGCAAAGACAACACGAGGAUUACGGACUGUGCCAGGCGGGAACAUCGGCUGCUCUUUUGGACGAUGACACAAUGGUGUUGGGUUCCCCCGGACCGUACACGUGGCGCGGAUCCAUCUGGGUGACCCAGGUGGGCGGAGAGUACCUGCAGCGCGACAAGACGACCUACUACAAUGAUCACUCGGACACCACGUCAAAGGUGGAGAAGUACAGCUACCUGGGCAUGUCGGUGACCGGCGGCCGAUUCUUUGGCCAAAUGUCGUAUGCGGCUGGAGCUCCGCGUUCCCAAGGCCACGGCCAAGUGCUAAUCUUCGACAAGUCCACCAAUAAUCCGAUUCCAGUCCACUUGACGCUGGAUGGUGAGCAAUUCGGCUCGAGUUUUGGCUACGAACUGGCCACAGCCGAUGUGAAUGGCGAUCAUCGACCCGAUUUGAUAGUGGCAGCUCCUCUGUACUUCACCAAGUCGGAGGGUGGAGCCGUGUACGUAUACCAGAAUGACCGGGAUACGCUGCCCCUGAAGUACACGCUCAAGUUGACGGGUGCGCUGGAGAGUCGUUUUGGCCUGGCCUUGGCCAAUAUCGGGGACCUGAACAAGGAUAACUGCGAGGAUCUGGCUGUGGGAGCUCCGUACGAGGGCAACGGUGUGGUCUACAUCUACUUGGGCUCCAGCCAGGGAUUGAAUGCCAAGCCAGCCCAAAAGAUUCAGGCCUCGGAACUGGGUGGCAUCCUACCCACUGGCCAGCCGAUUCGCACAUUUGGCAUCUCGAUAUCAGGGAAUACGGACCUGGAUGACAACUCCUAUCCGGAUGUGGUGAUUGGAGCGUUCAACUCCUCGGCAGCGGUCAUCCUGCUGGCCAGACCCAUCAUCAGCAUCCAGACGAAUGUGAUCCGCGACCAGCUGCGCAACAUGGAUCCCAACAAGCCGGGCUGCCUCGCUGACCCCGCCAGCAAUCUCACCUGCUUCACCUUCGAGGCCUGCUGCAGCAUCGAUCCGUACGACGAGAAGAGCAAGGAACUCCUGCUGUCCUACAGCGUCGAGACGGAGACCUUCGAUCACCUGAAGAAGUUCUCGCGGAUCUUCUUCGAUCGGGACAACAAGCGGAGCAAUGUGCUCAGCCGGAAUGUGACGGUGCAGACGGACGGCAGGAUGCACUGCCAGUCGAUCACGGGUUACAUCAAGGCAAAUACCCGAGAUAUCCAGACACCGGUCCGCUUCCGAUUGAAGUACUCUCUGGUGGAACCGCCACUGGCCGCCUCCGCCUUGGUACGUCUCAAUCCCAUAUUGGACCAGACCCAGGCGCAUAUCGACUUCGAGGGCACCUUCCAGAAGGACUGCGGCGAUGAUGAUCUCUGCGAGAGCAACCUGGUCAUCCGGGCGGAACCGAACAUCACACAGUCCUCGGGCAACGAUUACACCUUGAUUCUGGAUGAAACCGAAUUGGAGGUCCGCAUUAAUGUGAGCAAUCUGGCGGAUUCCGCCUACGAGGCUCAGUUGUUCGUCGUCCAUCAGGCGGGAGUGUCUUAUGUGGCCACCAAGAAGCCGACGAAUGCCACCUGCAAUAGCUACAACACCACCCUGGUCGCCUGCAGUCUGGGUAAUCCCAUGCUGCGUGGCACCACCACUUUCGUGACCAUACGCUUCCAACCGAAGGGACUGGAGCCCAGCGAGAAGACCAUGCUGUUCCACAUCUUUGCCAACACCACCUCCAAGUUGGUGGGACCCGAGCGCCCCGAAAGGGAUCUUGUGGUCCAUGUGGUGCGUCGAGCGAAGCUGAACUUCCGCGGUUGGGCCAUACCCGAGCAGAGUUUCUACAGUGGAUCGAGUGGGGCGGCUAGUACAUCUGCCGGCACCGCCGUCUCCGAGAUCGAGGGUCACGGUCCCAUGGGAAUGGACGAUGUGGGCUCGCAGGUGCAUCACAUGUUCACCAUCUUCAACGAAGGACCCUCCACGGCGCCAAAGGUCCAAAUGGUCAUCCAUUGGCCGUACUCACUGUACAGCGAUCCCCAGAGCGGGCGACAGGUUCAGUAUCUGCUCUAUCUGGAGCAGAUACCCACCGUGGAGGUUAGCCAGGGCGAGUGCCAUGUGGCCAAGGAGUUUGUCAAUCCCCUGAACUUGGCCAGUGGUUCGAGGGAGAAUCCGGCCUACCUGAGUGCCCCGGCCCAGAUGCGGAUGUUUCCCUCGCAGUCCCGUCACCCGUACAACAAGAGUGCGAUCCACUCGCAGCGCUCCUACUAUUCCAGCAGCCAUCGGGAGGAUCAUGCGGAGGACUCGCAUGCAUCCCGGAAUCGGGUGCGUCGCAAUUUCCUGGAACGUGUCACCCGCCUGGAGAGGCUUAUGUACGAUCCCGAGAGCGGCAAUGCGGCGGGAACCAGUGGCAAAAAGCAGGACAUCGUCGAGCUGGACUGCAACAAGGGCACAACGAACUGUGUGCGCAUCGAGUGCGAUAUCCUGAACAUGCCCGCCCUAUCCGAGGCCCAGGUGGUGGUCAAGGCCCGCCUGUGGAACUCCACGCUGGUCAGCGAGUAUCCCCGCGUGGAGCGGGUCAGGAUCUUCUCUACGGCCACAGCCCAAAUACCCGAGGACUAUGGCGUCGAGGUGAUGGAGCACAACAACAUUGAGGUGGAGACGCGAGCCUAUCCAGAGCUAAGGAACCAACAGCGCGACACCUCGAUACCCUGGCUGAUCAUCAUCCUGGGCAUCGUGGGCGGACUGCUGCUCCUGGCGUUGUUCACCUAUUUCCUGUGGAAGUGCGGCUUCUUCAAGCGCAUCCGACCCACGGAUCCGACGCUCAGCGGCAAUCUGGAGAAGAUGAACGAGGAGAAGCCCUUCCUGGCGCCGGCAAAGAAUUCGCAUAACGUUUUCUAACAAGAGGGCACCGUCGGCUGGGACUUGGUGCGCCGCCGGAGGCGUCGGCGCCGUCUAAAGCUGCCACUUCCGGUUCCGCAGCGGCCACGACAUGGAUGGCGGAAAACUGCGGAAAAGUCCAAGAACAGUAAUAAUAACAAAAACAACAACAACAACAACAACAAUGACAGCGAUGUGGACGUGCUUUCGCUGACGCCGCCGCCGCCACCGCUCAGCAUCCUCAGCUGGGGAAACGAUGGCUACUACCAGGCCAGCGCCGCCUGGUGGGGUCACCACAUGUGAUGGGUUGGGUCACCGGUGGGUCAUGUGGGUUGUGGUUCAAUGUGCCAUUUCGUUUACUUAAUGCAGCAGGCUUAGUUCAGUUCAGUGGAUGAAUUAAUAGCCAGGCUUCCGUCACUGACAUCAGCUAAAUCUAUUGUCUGGCCAAGGAUUUAAGUUAUAAAAAAAAAAAAAAAUUAGUCGUGCUAAAAAUCAAAGAGAUAUUGUAUACAUCAAGGCUAGAAAAAUAAUUAACAUUUUUGAUUUUUAUAAAGAGAUAUAUAAUUAUUCCGAACGUGGAAAAAUCCACCUGGUUUCCUAAUGGAGUAUUGCCUCUGCAAAAUUCCAAAUAGCCGAACGCUUUUUAUGGUGCUUUUAAAACCUCGACUUACUUAAAAAUAAGGAAACUAAAUUGACUUUUAGAUGAAAUGUUUUAAAGUCCUUGAAAAUUUUCGAGCACAAUAGAUUACGGCAAUGCAUUGCUAUAUAUUUAGCUGAUGUCAGUACUGAGCUUUAGUCUAAUGUUUAGCUAAGCACCCAAAUGUAAAAAUGUUCAUUGUCAUAUAUAGAUUUAAGCCUAAGUUAGACUAAGCUGAAGAGGACGAAGCGAAAUUCCGAAUAUAGCAUACAGAAGAAAAACACUGCCAAUAACAACAAAUCAAAGUGCCUCGAAAUCGAACCGUAAUUCCAAUGUACUGGACACGUCUUAAACAAAAAAACGAAAGUAUUAGCACAAACUUAAUGCAUAGCUAUAAAUAAUCCACGAGUAACAGAAUUUAGAACACACACACACAACAUUAUAUUUUUUUUUUUUUGAUAAUUUACCGCGUUUCUUUGGUUAAAUAAGUUAAGAUGAGUUUUUUUAAAUGUGGAAAAUACCAGAGAUGUUGGUUUUUGUUUGUAUGUAUGUGUGGGGUCAACAUGUAGUUAAAUUAGUUGUAAAUAAAAAUUCAAUAGUACUAGCUGUAAAUAGUAAUUAUGUUUUUUCUUUAACUAUUUAAUAUACGAUUACUAUUUUUUAAGAAAA